UCUCAGGGAAACAGUACAGAGCAGAAGGGAGAUAAAGUGGAGGGGAAAGGCUCCAGAGAGGAUUACCAGCACCACCAUCACCGUCACCACCAUCAUCACCACCACCAGAGCCUGGACCAGGGCGAUGCUGACGCAGAGGGGGAGGAGGAGGGCAACGAGGAGGAGAGGCCUCUUAGGACAGAGUCAUCCAGGAGAUCCCAGCACGUCCACCACCGGUCAUCUUCUACCAGGACUGAACAUCACAACCACCAUCACCACCACCACCAUCACAGCAGUAAAGCCAAGGGCCUCUCCCGGCAAGAGACUUUGGACUCUGAGACCCCCGAGAGCAGGGAGAGCCGAGAAAGUCGAGAGAGCAAGGACUCGGCUUGUACUGAGCCGCGCACUCAGCGUCUUCAGCAGGAAGAGGAGGACGAUGAGGAUCAAGGGGAGGGGCAUCCCCAGCAGCAACAGCAUUACGAGCCACUGCCCCACCGGGACCACAACCACCAUCACCACCACCACCAUCACCGCAGCGGGGCAGACGAGGCCGGUCACAGCACGGGACACCAGCGCUCCAAAGAGCGCGAACAGGACCACAAUGAGCGGAACAAGCAGCGCUCUCACCACCACCACCGGCCAGCACGCGACCACCACCAUCACUACUACGACCGGGACAGAGAGAGGGACAGAGAAGGGGAGGUAGCUCCAAAAAAGAGGGGUGAGGCAGGGGAAUGGGCCAGAGACACAUACAUCCACCAGUGACAGACCAGAACCCCUCCCAAGGCCCUCCUGGACUCUGUUCUGUCCUCCCAUCGUGCUGCUAUACCCUGAAAAACCACAGCAUCCUAUUUAUGUACACUUCUUUGUAAAUGCUGUUGCAUCUUUUUCAAUGGCAGGAUUUUGAUUACAUAGAUACAAAUAUAAAUAUAUGAAUAUAUGUAUGUGUGUAUCUAUGCAUAGACGUUGUUUAUGUGUGGAUAUGCAUGAAUAUUCUCAAAUAUGCAUAUUUUAAACCUGUGUUUGAUAAAGCAUGACACAAAAGCAGAAUUUUUUCUGUACUGAGCUGUGCUUUCUGUGAUUAGCAUUAUAAUUUUUAUUGUUUCUAAUAUUAUUAUUAUUAUUAUUAAGUUGUAUUGCUUGCUACCACUUGAAUAAUUUGUUCCUUCAGACUACUGCGAGGGUUGACCAGCCAUCAUACUUUGAUGUUGUAGUUGCAGAAUAGUUUGACACUUUGGGAAAUAACACUUGCCUACAUAGUUGCCAGUUUAUUAUGUACACCUAAUGAGCGUAGGGCAGCACGGUGGCACAGUGGUUAGAACUGUUGCCGCACAGCAAGAAGGUCCUGAGCUCAGGCCAGGGUCUUUCUGUGUGGAGUUUGCAUGUUCUCCCCGUGUUUGCGUGGAUUUCCUCCAGGUACUCCAGCUUCCUCCCACAGUCCAAAGACAUGCAGUUUGUGGGGAUAGGUUAACUGAUUAAUCCAAAUUACCCAUAAGUGUGAAUGUGCGCGCGAAUGGUUGUCUGUCUCUCUGUGUUAGCCAUAACACUUCCCAUAAUUACAUUGAAAACUAUAGAAACUACUCAUUCUCUAAGUAGUCUGCUUGUACACCUCUGGACUGCUUUCAGAGAUGCUCCUGUUUUUAGGUCACUUGAGACCUUGCACAUUUGUGCUGAUUUAACCACAUACCUCAAAAGAGCUUCUGUUUUAAACAGAUCAGCUUUAAGGUUUAUCAUGAUUGUAACUCAUCGUGAUAAUUAGCUUUCAGGCUACAACCAAGCAACCAAACAGAGUCCAACCCCAGUGACAGUGCUUUAGGUCAGGACCAUGCUCGUUUUUGUCUUCAUAUUUUCAAGAUUCACAUAGUUGUCAGUUUAUCCACCAGGACCAGACUGUUUUACGAAUGUUCUGAGGCACGCAUUUGUGGGGAGAGGACCUGAAUGGUGGCCUGUACCAUCUAUAAAUGUCCUACUACAAAUAGUCUGAAAACACUUAAAAUAGCAGCAGUUCUUGAAGUGAUCAAGGGGUCCACAAGGAGACAACUGUGAUUGGUAGACUGGACAAAACAGCAAACACAAAUCCCUUUUGGGGUUGUGUCAAGAAGAAAAUCCAGUGUAAAAACUCCACCAAACCUACCCACUGUGAGUAAGGGAUCAGCCAAGCGUAGCAUCUCUAAGAAGCUUAACAGCUUUCAGUACUUUAGUAAGUAUAAAUCACAGAUUUGAGAAUAAUCAUAAAGUUGAAUCAAUGACUGUUUGAUUUAAAAAAUAACUGAAUACUGUACUCUUCAUAAAUGCAGCACUGUUAUAUCAGACUGCAUUGAUUUUUAGCAGGUGAAAAACUUGAUACCACUCUCAUAUCUGUAGGAAUGUAGAGCCAACAGCAGGUUAGCUUAGCACAAAUAAACAGGAGGAAAGAGCUCAUGUGAACAGUUUCUCUGAAGGUAAAAACCACCUACCAGCACCUCUAAAAGCUCAACAAUUACCAUUUUGUGUUGGUGAAAUCUGUACAAACCUACAAAUAACAGGUUGUGGCAUUACUGGGGGAGGGGGAUUCGUAUAUGAGAGUGGUAUCGCUCUAACUCUAACAGCGUAUUUCCCAAAGUGUCAAACUGCUCGUUUUAUGUUCAUCACUUACUGCUUAGUUUCUUUUUUUGAUUCCACGGGUUUUAGAUGUUACGUUUUAACAUAUUCAUGCCUUCUUGCAGGCGCACCUUAGUCUUGCCUUACAAGACAGACAAAGAGUUCUCCAGUAACUUCCUCUCAACACAUGCAGUACUGUUCUUUGUAUGGGUCCAGAAACAUUUUAUAACAUUGGAACAGGCUUUUUCACAUUGGUUUCAAGUGAAAGGGAUUUGAUAUAACAUUCCCACCAAAUCGUAGGUCCUGAUGA